AUGGAGGCUUCUCGACAGCUCUGGAGAGUGUCGGGACAAAUCCGAGUCACGUUGGCGUCAAAUAGACGCAAAACGGGCUCCGCUAGGGAGGAGCUCGGUUGGGGAAUUCGUCGCCGACGUCGCGUCGCGAAGCCAUUCGAGCACACUUUCGACGUUGUGUUGCUGCGAGGAGGUCGGGCGAGUGCGGCUUUUCGCCAUCCUUGUCGUCGUGCUGAUUCUAGAUUUCUGCGUCGACUAUCGGUAUUUUGGCUCAUACGCGACGUAGGAGCAUCGGAUUGCGACGAAACUUGGUUCGUUGGAUUCGGGACUUCGAGAGGAAUCCACGAAUUCCUUACUUGCGAAUUUUGUUUGGAGUUAGCUCGAUUUCGAGACUCGGGCGUUUUUGGUCGAUCCAGCAGGUGGUGUCGCAGCCGAGGGGGUUCCGUGCUGCCAGGGAUUAGCGUGCGAGAGCCACAGAUUUCGGUUGCUACGCCUUCCGAGGAUCAAGAUCGAGGCAAGGGCGUCGCGAGCUAA